CCGGAGCUCGGCUUCCUGUCUGCUGCUGUGCAAGGACCGCCAUCCUACAGCCGCCCGGACACAUAAGAUAAGAUCGAGAAAAUAGACAAGAAGCUCCUGCUGAUCGCAGAGCAGCUAUGGUUGUGACGUAAGGCACCUGUUUAACCUUCAAGUUCCACUUUGCCCGACACCAGACGUGAAGCAACAGCUCUAAACUUUGGAUCCGUUUCAAGGGCUAGAAGAAAGGUUAACAGAAGAACCCAGUUACUUAGCAGAUGGAUCUCUCCCUUGGAAGGUGGUGACAGAAGGAGGUAUAAUCCCGCCGUGGCAGAGACUGCUACCAAAUCCAGCAACAUGUUUCUUUCAUGAAACGGCGCACUGUGGAUUGGAGCUGAAGAUGCGGCCAUGGACGGGCUCCUGGCGUUGGAUAAUGCUUAUCCUUUUCGCAUGGGGGACCCUACUGUUUUACAUUGGUGGGCACUUGGUGCGAGAUAAUGAAAACCCAGAUCACUCCAGCAGAGAACUCUCCAAGAUACUGGCAAAACUUGAACGACUCAAACAGCAGAAUGAGGACUUGAGACGAAUGGCUGAAUCCCUAAGGAUACCAGAAGGUCCAAUUGAACAAGGUGCUGCGGCAGGAAGGAUACGAGCAUUGGAAGAGCAGCUGUUAAAGGCCAAAGAACAAAUAGAGAUGUACAAGCAGCAGUCCAGCAAUGCUGUUUCAGGCCUGGGAAAAGACCAUGAACUUUUAAGAAGAGCUAUUGAAAAUGGAGCCAAGGAAUUCUGGUACUUUGUCCAAAGUGAGGUUAAGAAGUUAAAGCAUUUGGACAAGAACGAACUCCAAAAGCAUGUAGACGAGAUAUUGAUCAACAUGGGACAUCAACAAAGGUCGGUGAUGACAGAUCUCUACUACCUCAGUCAGACAGAUGGCGCAGGCGACUGGCGUGAGAGAGAGGCCAAAGAUUUGACAGAUCUAGUACAAAGAAGAAUCACCUAUCUACAGAACCCCAAGGAUUGCAGCAAAGCGAAGAAGCUUGUUUGUAAUAUCAACAAGGGCUGCGGGUAUGGCUGCCAGCUCCACCAUGUUGUCUACUGCUUUAUGAUUGCCUAUGGUACGCAAAGAACCCUCAUUCUGGAGUCCCAGAGCUGGAGGUAUGCCACUGGUGGAUGGGAAACCGUUUUUAAACCUGUCAGCGACACCUGCACGGAUAGAUCUGGUUCUUCUACAGGACACUGGGCAGGUGAAGCAAAUGAUAAGAAUGUCCAAGUUGUGGAGUUACCCAUUGUUGACAGCCUGCAUCCACGGCCACCUUACCUACCUCUCGGCGUACCAGAAGACCUAGCUGACCGCUUAAUACGUCUGCACGGUGAUCCUGCGGUGUGGUGGGUCUCACAGUUUGUCAAGUAUUUGAUUCGGCCGCAGCUUUGGCUGGAGAAGGAGAUUGAAGAAGCAACCAAAAAGCUCGCCUUCAAGCAUCCAGUCAUUGGUGUUCACGUCAGGAGGACGGAUAAAGUUGGAACCGAAGCAGCUUUCCACCCGAUUGAAGAAUACAUGGUGCAUGUCGAGGAACAUUUCCAACUGCUUGCUCGCAGGAUGCAGAUAGACAAGAAACGCAUUUACCUGGCAACAGAUGACCCCACACUGUUGCAGGAGGCCAAAGCCAAAUAUCCCCAAUAUGAGUUUAUUAGUGAUAACUCCAUUUCCUGGUCAGCUGGUCUGCAUAAUCGCUACACUGAAAAUUCUCUCCGGGGCGUUAUACUCGAUAUCCACUUUCUGUCGCAAGCAGACUUUCUUGUGUGCACCUUCUCCUCCCAGGUGUGCAGAGUGGCCUAUGAAAUCAUGCAGACUCUCCACCCCGAUGCGUCAGCCUAUUUCCACUCCCUAGAUGAUAUUUAUUACUUUGGCGGACAAAACGCUCACAACCAAGUGGCAAUAUAUCCCCACCAGCCACAGAAUGCAGAUGAAAUCCCCUUGGAACCUGGAGACAUUAUUGGGGUGGCCGGAAAUCACUGGGACGGCUACUCAAAGGGCAUUAACCGCAAGUUAGGCAGGACCGGUCUUUACCCAUCGUACAAAGUCAAGGAAAAAAUAGAGACAAUCAAAUAUCCAUCAUACCAAGAAGCCGCAAAAUAGAUGUCACCCAUUGACUGAACAAUGUGCCAACUAUAAAUGAAAUCAGAAGGGACAAUAACUUGCCGUUUUAAUUUAUAUUUUAAAUAAAAGGAAGCUAUUUUACCUUAAACAUGUCCGAGAGUGACACUGCUGAAAUUUGGAACUCCAUAUACUACCCUGGAGACUUGUCCUGUUGAGUACAAGAUGGAAGAGACGUCCCUGCUGUCCAUGCAGCCACUCUGAUUGGUUAAUAGAGCUCAAUGCUCAUCUUCUGCCAACUCGCCGACAUUUCAACAUUGCCAUACCGGGCAAUUUCGAGGGCGGAACUAUGUUUUAUACGUGCAAGAUUUUAAAUGGUGCCUGUGAUCCAUGGGUUGCCUGUGAUAAGAGCCAGGUGCAGCGUUUAAGUACUGUGCAGUUGUUAUUCGUCCUUUAUUAGCAUUCCAAGAACCGGAAACACUCCAGUCAAAGAGUCCAAAUGAAGUUAGAAUAUUUUGGUUAAGGAACCUUGUUUUUGGGGGUGAGUCACGUGUUGAGAUUCACACCAUGAUAAGCCAAGAUACGAUCCACCAAGAAGGAGAAGUCAUUCUGACUUUGCUACGAGAGUUUUCCUUUGUUUUUGUUUUGUUUUUUUAAAACCUCCAUGAACUGAUUCUUAUAAAGGUGUUUCUUGGCAUUGUCUUUGAUAACAAACAAUUAAAUAAUACCAAGAAAAAAA